CACGGUUUUUCCUCGUUGCCAUGGGUUUUUUUCUAAAAUCCUAUUGACUGCGAUAGGGUCCCUUUUCUCUGAGUCUGCCUUUGUGGAGGAGGAGGAAGAAACCGCUAUUACUUUUUCUUUUUUUUUUUUUUUUUUUUUUAAGAGGGGGGGGGAGCGGUAGUAGCAUCCAAAGGAGAGGAGGUUUUGUAGUUUAGAGCAACUGCACAGGAAAGCGUAGCGUUCAGCCUGCCUUAUUUGCUCUCUCAUCCAGCGGUGGAGAAAAUUCAACUUUUUUUUCGUAUUUUUUUUUUUUCUUAUGAACGCUUGUCACGACAUGAGUUGCAGCAGCUGAAGGUCCUGAGUGUUCAGCGUGCCAUAGAGAUGAACUGAGGAGACACAAGAGAGCAGCACUCGUUUCUUUCUUCAGGAACUCCCAUAUCGCUGUCUGCCGUGGAGCCAUGAGGUUGCAUAGGAGCCCGGGAUUUGUCACCCUGCUGGGCGUGGUCACCUGUUUUUGUGCCUUUCACCUCUCUACUGCCAUUGACAUCCCGCUGGAGGUUUUAGGUCAUGUAAACAUUGAGCAGCUGCCCACCAUCACAGCUCAGUCGCCCAGCUCUGUCAUUGCCUUUCCCUUCGACGAGAGCUUCCCCAUGACGUGUGAAGCCAAAGGGAAUCCCGAGCCAGAAUUUCGAUGGACAAAGAACGGGCAGGAAUUUGACCCCUUUCUAGAGCCCCGGCUGAUGAAAGAGGAGGAUUCUGGGACUUUUGUGAUACCCAAUAAUGGGAAUCUCACUGAGUAUCAGGGAACCUAUCGCUGUUACGCCUCAAACAAACUGGGGACUGCCAUAUCAGAGGAGAUAGAGUUCAUUGUGCCCAAUGUUCCAAAGUUUCCUAAAGAAAAGUUUGAACCUAUCAUAGUUGAGGAGGGUCAGCCUUUCAUCCUAGAGUGUAACCCACCUAAAGGCAUACCUCCUCUUCAGAUCUACUGGAUGACUAUCGGUCUUCAGCAUAUAGAGCAGGAUGAGCGGGUGUCUAUGGGCUUGAAUGGAGACCUGUACUUCUCUCAUGCAGAGGAGAAGGACAGCAGGAGAGAUUACUGCUGCUUUGCUGCCUUCCCCAGAAUACGGACCAUUGUUCAAAAGACUGCCAUGUCUGUCAUUGUCAAGACCAAAAAAUCAAAAAGUGACACGGGUUCUGAGGAUGCCAAUGCUAUCUUGGAGAGAAAACCCCGUCUUAUGACACCCCCUGGUGUCCGAUCAGAUGUACAGCUGGUUAAAGGAGAGGACCUGCAGUUGGAGUGCAUUGCAGAGGGAUUUCCAACUCCGCAGAUCGAGUGGAAAAAGAUAGGUCUCAAGCUUCCCGAAAAAGCAAAGCUGGAGAACCAUGGGAAAUUACUUACUAUACCAAGAGCCGAUGAGGAGGAUGCUGGGAAGUAUACGUGCAAGGCCAAGAACCUGCUCGGAGAGGCUGCCCACCAUUUCACAGUCACAGUAGAAGAGCCUCCGGAGUGGGAGUACGAGCCGGAGAGUCAGCUCACUAUGAUUGGCUCAGAGGUGCUUAUCAAGUGCUCCGCCACUGGGACUCCUCAGCCCACUAUAACAUGGAGGGUGAAUGGAAUACCUCUAGAGGAGGCCCCAGCAUCCAACAGAAAGGAGUUUGAUGAUACCAUAGCCCUGCACAAUGCCAAAGCAUCUGACAGUGCAGUCUAUCAGUGUGAGGCGUCCAACAGACACGGCACCCUUCUGGCCAAUGCAAACAUCAUGAUUAUGAAUCUCCCCCCCAUGAUCUUGACCAAGGAGGGUGAGGAGUACUUUGCUGUGGAGGGGAAGGGGGUGAUCAUGCACUGUAAGGUCUUCAGCUCUCCUCCCUCUACUAUCACCUGGAGCAAGGAUGACUCCUCGGGAUCUGUGGAGGGGCCGAGGUUUACUGUUUAUGAGAAUGGAUCGUUGGAAAUCUACAGUGUGGAGAAAGAAGACCUGGGACAGUACACGUGUUUCACGAAGAACACUGAGGGAACGUCCGCUAUCGAUGCCAUGCUAUAUGUGAAAGAUCCCACUAGAAUAGUUGUGGCCCCAGAGGACCUGCAGAUCUUAAUAGGUACCACAGCCCAGCUCUCAUGCCUGGCAGAGUACGACAAGUCCUUCAGCAACGACUUUGAGCUCCUGUGGGAAAAAGAUGAUAUGGAGAUAGCCCUCAACUACACAGAGAAUUCAAAGUAUUUGGUGGAGGACGGUAUCCUUCAGAUCAUCAACAUAAGCCACAGGGACCAAGGCGUGUACACGUGCGUGGCAAGAACUCCAGUAGACCAAGACACUGCUUCAGCAUUGCUCAUGGUGUUGGAUGUCCCCGAUGCACCUGAGAACUUGGUACUGUCUGAACACAAGGGCAGAAGUGUGAAACUGAAAUGGAUCCCCGGGGAUGAACACAACAGCUCAACCACUGAGUUCAUUAUCGAGUAUGAAGAAAGCCAGUGGGAGCCGGGAAACUGGAAAGAGCUGCUGAGAGUACCUGGGAACCAUGCCUCAGCCACCCUGAAACUACAUGGCCAUGUCGACUAUCGCUUCCGUGUGUCUGGUGUCAACGCUGUAGGGAGGGGUCAUCCCAGCAAGCCCACAGAGAGAUACAGAACCCCCCCAGCAGCCCCUGACAAGAACCCUGAAAAUAUCAAAAUCGAAGGUCAUUUGCCACAUGAAAUGGAUAUCAACUGGGAGCCGUUGUUACCCAUCGAACAUAAUGGCCCUGGUCUUGAGUAUAAGGUGAGUUACAGGCGACAGGAUGUGGAGGAGGACUGGCAGGAGCACAUGGUGAAGAGACACUCAUUUGUGGUGAAGGAUACUCCCACCUUUGUACCCUACGAGAUCAAGAUUCAAGCCAAGAACCAUCAGGGCUGGGGCCCAGAGCCCAAAAUAGUGACCGGCUACUCAGGAGAAGACUUUCCCUCUGCUGCGCCCGAUGAUGUAGCUGUGGAGGUGAUGAACAGCUCAGUGGUCAAGGUCAGCUGGACGCGUGUACACAAGGACAAGUUGCAUGGACAUCUGGGAGGCUACAGGGUAAACUGGUGGCGUCUGCGGAGUCUGGCGGAUUCGAAGAAAAGCCACGGAGACAAGCAUACACUGACGUUCCCCGGGGACCGGAGCCAUGCUAUGGUACCGGGACUAAUGCCCUUCUCUGAGUACAGCCUCAUUGUCAUGACCUUCAACGGGCGGGGCAACGGACCCGGCAGCCAUCCCGUCAACUUCAAAACCCCAGAGGGAGUCCCUGAGAAAAAUCCUGUUUUCAGGGUUACAGAUGUACAGAAGCAUAGUGUCUCUCUGGCCUGGGCUCCUCCAGUGGAGCCUAAUGGGAUUCUCACCGGCUACCUCCUGGAUUAUCAGAUGAUCAACGACACAGAAGAGGUGGGGACUCUGCAGACAGUAGACAUCAGCAACCCUGACACCACCAAGUGGAUCCUACGUGACUUGGAGGCCAUGAGCAAAUACAAGGUUUAUCUGCGCUCCUGCACCACAGUGGGCUGCGGACCUGUUGUCAGCGAGGAGUGCACCACCACACCACAAGCACGUCUGGCCAGCAUCCACGGAGGAAUAUCCACCCAGGGCUGGUUUAUCGGCCUGAUGUGUGCCAUCGCUCUCCUCACACUCAUUGUGUUGAUCGCCUGCUUUGUCAACAGGAAUAAAGGAGGGAAGUAUUCUGUGAAAGAGAAAGAAGACCUUCACCCAGACGUGGAGUCCCAGGGUAUGAAUGACGACACAUUCUGUGAAUACAGUGACAACGAUGAGAAGCCGCUGAAGGGCAGCCAGCACUCUCUGAGCGGAGAGAUCAAAGCUGGGGACAGCGGGGACAGCUUGGUGGACUAUGGCGAUGAGGACGCGCAGUUCAACGAGGAUGGUUCCUUUAUCGGGGAGUAUGCUGGACGCAAGGAGAAGAGGGUGUCCGCUGAGAUCAAAGGCUCCGUUCAAACCCCAGCAUGAGGAGUGGAACCACCAUCCAUCCUUCCUGGACACCAUUGUCAUUAAAUCUGCUGGGAGGAACAAAUACAGGAGGAAAAAGACAUUAUCCAUACUGAGCACAGUUUUUGUGUCAAAUGUAAUGUGUCACUGUCAACUGCACUGCCAUCUUCAUUUUAUAAAGUUCUGUUUUAUCAAGUUGUAACAGAAUGGCCAUUACUAAAUACUGUGUGUAUAUACUGUAUAUUGUAUGUGUGAAGUGAUUUUUUAUUACUGCAAAAACAAUGAAGAAAAUUGGUAGAGCUUUUUUUUUUUUGUAAAUGCAGCUACAGUAAUGUUUGUAAGAAUGUUAAGAAGCAACAAGGAAAAAAAAAAACAUACACCAUUCCUCCGUGUACUUCAUUUUAAGCAGCUUUGUCUCAGAUGUCAUCUUGUAGCAGACAACAGAUCUAAUGUGGGGAUAUCAAGCUGAUAUUUUUCAAUUGAAGCAAAUAUUAUUGACAUUUUAUAUUUCAAAUGGAUUCAUUAAAUAUGAUGUAAGAUGUGUAAAAAAGGUUGUUUAUUAACUUAUUUUCCCAUGGUUUUAUAUCUUACAUACUGUAAUAACAAGGCAGGUUAGAUACUGGUUAAAUGAACAUCAUACACAUCUCUUCUGAGUCAUAAUCUACUGGUGAUGCUGGAUGGUGAUAUUUUAGGUGUUGUGCCUCUUUAAAAAGUAAAAACAAUAGACAGUGUAUGUUACAAAUCUAAAUCAGUGUUUACAGCAAGAAAUGUCAAAAUAUUGCAUUAUUAUAUAUCUGACCUGGGAUGAAUGGAAUCCAAUACAGAUUGCUUUUUUUCUUUAAUUAUAACUUGUAAAAUUAUUCACUGGACCAAAACAAAAGAGUCACUUUGCCUUCAGAAUGUACUGAAUAUUAAGUUGAAUAAUUUAUUUGACUUCAUAGACUGAAUACUGAUAUUACUAUACUGCCGUUGCCAUUAACCAUCAUUUCAAGGCAUGACAAAUUAUAUUUUUCCUUCAUUUUCCCCCUAGAAACAUGUCUGAGUAAUCCAACAUGUAGUCAUGUUUUCAUUCAAAAGUAACUGAUUACAGUGUUGUAUAGUAACCAUAAGAAGGUAUGGAUUUCUUUAUGGACAGAUUACUGUAAUCUGGUUGCAUGUAAUCUGUCAUUAUUCAGUGCUGGUAGUGGCAGUAGUGUUUAAUCGAUGUUACAUCAGUCUUAACAAGACCCUGCAUAUCACCGCAGCUACACUGGCAUACAAAACAUGAUUACCAUGUUGUUCAACAAUAAUUUACACCACAAUCAGCUAAAUUGCAGCUUUUGUAAAGAUUCAUUUAUUGCAUGUUAAGAAUGUUGAUUGGUGUUUUUGAUGUCAUUAAAUUACU